CCUCUGGGUGCAGCGGAGGACGCGGCAUCGCCAGACGAGGAUGUUGACGUCAUCUCAGACACCGGUGAGGACGAUAUCAAUUCCGCUGCUGAGGAGAAUGAUGUCGACGAGGGCGAAGAGGGGGAAGUUGAGGGCGUAGACGAAAUGGAUGGCAAACUGUAUCCUACGUCUGCUGCUGUUGAGUUGGCUGUGGUUAUGGCUGCCUCACAGAUGCUAACGGAGAUUGAGGAGGCGGUGUUGGAGGAACAGGAGGAGAGAGCCUCGACCACGCCUCGAGAGAUGGAGAUCUAUGACGACGAUGACGACUCCACGGCCAGCAGUUCUUCAACCUCUUCCUCCUCCAGCUCACGCCCGUCAUCCCGCUCUGAGGAUUCCGAUGAGGACGAGGAUGACGAUGACGGUGGCCAAGAUGAUGAAGACGACCGCGACGGCGGCCACCGCUCGCAUCGAGAACUGGACCAGGAAGAACGAUGGCUUCAGAUUCGACGCCAACUACUUCUGCGCAAGCGUGGCUCCGAUCAUGGAGAGAUUGCAGAAAUCGAAAAGAAGCUGGAACGCAUGAGGCGUGGUCGCCAGGGCUCCACCGAAUCGCGUCUCGCUCUACACACUCACUCCAACCGGCAUGCCCACUCGGAGCACAAUUCGAGCCACCACCACCAUCAUCACCGUCACUGGACGCGACGUAUGCACUCCGGCUCGAGCUCCUCCACAGGCAUCCACUCCGAUCCGGAACUGGCGGCCAAUGGCUGGUGGAAUGUGGGU